UUCGGGAGGAGGGAGGGCGGUGGCCGAGGCUCGCUUGGCUGCGCUCCCCGCCCCUCGGAGGCCGGCCCUCCAGCGCGCCCCAAGGUCCACAGCGCUUGCGGGUACUGAGCGCUCAAGCCGCCGGCCCCGACCCGGGCCCAGCAGCUUCCCAGGCCCGCACCCCUAGUGGAGGGAAGAGCCGCCUUGGGGAGGAGGGAAAGGGACCUGGGGGCGGCCACGGCAGGUGAGGGGUGGGCGAGGCCCUGGGAAGCGGGGGAUGUGGGUGUGUGACGCGUUUGUGGCUUCAGGGUUAACCUCCAUUUCAGCUGAUCAUGGGAGAGAUUAAAGUCUCUCCUGAUUAUAACUGGUUUAGAAGUACAGUCCCCCUUAAAAAGAUUAUUGUGGAUGAUGACGACAGUAAGAUCUGGUCGCUCUACGAUGCAGGCCCCAGAAAUAUCAGGUGUCCUCUCAUAUUUCUCCCUCCCGUCAGCGGAACUGCUGAUGUAUUUUUCCGGCAGAUCUUGGCUUUGACUGGAUGGGGUUACCGGGUUAUAGCUUUGCAGUAUCCAGUUUAUUGGGACCAUCUUGAAUUCUGUGAUGGAUUCAGAAAACUUUUAGACCAUUUACAGUUGGAUAAAGUUCAUCUCUUUGGGGCUUCUUUGGGAGGCUUUUUGGCCCAGAAGUUUGCUGAAUACACUCACAAAUCUCCCAGAGUCCAUUCUCUCAUCCUCUGCAAUUCCUUCAGUGACACUUCUAUCUUUAACCAAACAUGGACUGCAAACAGCUUUUGGCUGAUGCCAUCAUUUAUGCUCAAAAAAAUAGUUCUUGGAAACUUUUCAUCUGGCCCAGUGGACCCUAUGAUGGCUGAUGCCAUUGACUUCAUGGUGGACAGGCUGGAAAGUUUGGGGCAGAGUGAACUGGCUUCAAGACUUACCCUGAAUUGUCAAAAUUCUUAUGUGGAACCUCAUAAAAUUCGGGACAUCCCUGUAACCAUCAUGGACGUGUUUGACCAGAGUGCACUUUCAACUGAAGCUAAAGAAGAAAUGUACAAACUGUAUCCUAAUGCCCGGAGAGCUCACCUGAAAACAGGAGGCAAUUUCCCAUACCUGUGCAGAAGUGCAGAGGUGAAUCUCUAUGUACAGGUGUUUGACCAGAGUGCACUUUCAACUGAAGCUAAAGAAGAAAUGUACAAACUGUAUCCUAAUGCCUGGAGGGCUCACCUGAAAACAGGAGGCAAUUUCCCAUACCUGUGCAGAAGUGCAGAGGUGAAUCUCUAUGUACAUAUACAUUUGCUGCAAUUCCAUGGAACCAAAUAUGCGGCUAUAGACCCAUCGAUGGUCAGUGCUGAGGAGCUCGAGGUGCAGAAAGGCAACCUUGGCAUCAGUCAGGAGGAGCAGUAGCCGUUAGAGUUGGCUGUUAGUGAUGAGUGAUCCAGGGUGUUCGUACAAUCAGUGACAUCAGUGCCCACCAGUCGGCCUCUCUCUUCGGUUUGUCAGGUUCACCGGUUAUCACUGUGUUUGGAACUAGGACUGAUUGUCAUCUUCGUGACAGGCGGCAGCUCUUCUAAGCCAGUGUAACUAUUCCCUCUUCAGUAUUUUUUUUAGCUUUUGAACUUAAAGAAGUACUUUUGAAGAUUCCCAUUUUAAGAAUUGUGAAAAUUUUGCUACCAAAGUCUUCACCACUCUGUUGUUAAGUGAAUGUUAAUUUCUGAAUUUGGGGAUUCUGUGGAUUUUUUUCCUUUCCUUUCUUCCUGUUAUUUGCUGUAAAUCCUGCACAUCCACAUAGUGUAUCAGAAGGACAUUGGUUAUUUUUAUGUUUUCUUGGUUACAAUGUAACAGAGUGCCAAGGCUGUCACCCACUGUUUGCUCUCCUGCAAAUGAACUACUUCUAAUUUCCAGUUAAGCAAAUUGUUUUCCGUUUUGGCUGUUGUCUUUCUACGCAUUACAGUCUUUGGAAUAAAAAUUCAAUUUGAGUGAA